GAGCGAGACAGUGAGAAACAAAAAUCGUUUGAUGACUUCAUCUGUUUAGUGUAAUGGUACUGCUGUGCAAUGCGCGGUGGUCGAAUCUAAAAAUUAGGGCUUUUUGAGCUCUGAGCUCAAUUCCACAUUUUCCCUUCCAAUCGUCUAAUCCCCACUCAUCUGUGCUCUCAAUCUUCUCAAUUAGGCUCUCACCAACUCCACGCGCAGCUUUCAGCUUCCGUCGCCGCCGCCCGCUCCCGCAUCUGGAAGAUGUAAGCUCGUUCGCGGUUGAUAGAUUAGCUAAUUGGUUUCAAGGAGUUAAAAAGCUAGUGUUGAAUAAUUCUGAGCCAGAUUUGAAAUUGGGUAACAGUUGCUCUAAUAGCCAGAUUUGCUUGCUUCAGUAGUAUUUUUCUUCUGUGUUUAAAGUUUCGUGGUCUUAGGUGAUUGUGUUGUUUAAUGUGCAAGAACUUUGCAUUAAUCCAGUAAGUAAGUGUAACUUGCACGUUAAUUCCCUCAAGCCACUUGGCAUCAUCUGACAAAAAAAAAAGCAUUUUUCUUCAGUAUCCAUAAACCAGCAGCAUUUAGGAAUAUCUUGUUUGUCCUCAAAAAGAACGUCUGAUACAAACAUGUUGACAAGUUAAUUGCUACAUAACGUUGAUUUCAUGCAUAACUCAACUUUUCUUGUGAGAUACCUAGCUUUUACCUUGAGGCUAAGUACCCUAGAAUUGACAUUAACUGCGUUGAUUUGAUGCAUUGUGGUUUUACUUGUCUUACCCUAUAUUUUUGGAGGAGACAGUACAAGCAUGCAUGGUGACCCAAAAAAUAUGAGAUAUUAUAUUUUCUUAUCUGGAGUGAUAUAUGUUAUCCUGUUUAUGCAUAUGUCUUUAUUGAAAGGUAGAAAAAAAGUGAACAGUAUUGUUAACUGAACAGAUCUGGCUGCACCACCCAGAAUUGCUCAGGCUUUUCAUUGGCACAUAUUACGUUAUGGGUGAAAGGAGAAAACGCAAAUCUAUGUGGCCUAUGGAAGAUGAGAAUAGACAAUUUUCUCAUCCAGGUGAUCAUAAUUCUUGGGCCAGCAAGGAGCGCCAUUCGAUUAAUAACAGAGGACGGGAUCAUGUGUUUCGUGGGUCCAGAGAAUUUAUGGAGCCAAAAUCCAGAGACCGUCCUGGACGGUCGUCCCGCGAGUUAAACGAAGAAAACAGGUAUUACCCGAACAUAUCUCCUGGGUUUGAUGGAAUUGAACGGCGCAAAUAUAAGCACUACCCUGAAGACGACAGAAGCGAUUUCCACAGGUACCCGAGAAAAGACAGGAGCAGGAGUCGAAGCCGAAGCAGAAGUCCAAGAGGUCGGGCCAGAAGUGGUAGUCCAAGACAAGAUUAUAAAAAUCAAUCUCAUAAAUGGAGUGACCAAAGAAGUGAACCUGAUAGACAAUUUCAAAUCUGUCGUGAUUUUUCUGCUGGUAGGUGCAGGAAAGGUAGCCAAUGCCGAUUUGAUCACUCUAGAAAUACUAGUCGUGGGCAUACUUCUAAAGAUUCUUACAGCAAAUUCGCUGGUUCUGAUUUACGGGAUGAUGUUCCCAGUCAUUAUCAUGGAGACGGAGAGCAUUUUUGGAAGAAAAGUAGAAAUGCUGUUCCUUGCAGGGACUUCAUGAAAGGUUUGUGUAAAUGGGGUGAUUCUUGCAGAUUUUCUCACCAGCCUGUGUCAAAUGACACUGCCGAUACAGGCAAUCCAGGCGACAACAGUAAUUCGAGGUAUGAUACUAGAUUGUGUCCUCGUGUGGAAAACGAGGAAGCAAGUUGGAGAACACGAGAAUUGGGAGACAUAGGCAUGACUGGAUCUAUUGAUAAGGAGAAUAUGUCUAACAAACAGGAAAACGCUAGUGUGUUGCAUGGUUUCCCACAGCAAACUGAAGUGGAAAAUGUGAGUGUUGAAGAACAACAUACAUUGCUUGACCAUGAGAUAGUAGAAAAUGGUGUGACGACUUCAUUUAGGUCUGAUGUUCUUGAUGAGGUUAAAAAUUCGAGCAAUCCCAUACACCCAUUUCCUUUUCCAGGACAAAAUCAAAGCAGUGAACAUUUAUUAGUACCUGGGCAGUUACCUGUUUCAAAUGCAACUGAUGUCUGGCAGAACAUGCUUAGUGGUGGCCUGGAUGCACUCGAGACACAAGCAGAAGCUCAUUUGGAUUUACAUUCUCAGGUUCCGAACCAUCAGCCCAAGACACAAUCAGGUGUUAAUUUGGAUUUGCGUUCUCAGGUGCCAAACCAUCAGCUCGGGACACAAUCAGGGGCUCAUUUGGAUUUGGAUUCUCGGGUGAACCAACAUCCCGAGAUACCAGGAGCUCAUUUGGAUUUGCAUUCUCAGGUGAAGGAUCAUUCUCUCGAGACACAAUCAGAAGCUCAUUUGGACUUGCAGUCUCAGAUUCCGAACCAUCAGCGAGCUGUUCAAAUAUUAACGGGGCUGUUAGAAUCAAAGGUAACUAUUCCAGGAUUUCCUCAUGACCCAAUUACUACCGUGGAGAAAGACACUGUUGCCAGCGAGCAUGGAAUUUGUACCGAACAAUACAAUCAAAUGCAGGUGAAACAAUCAUCUCCACUGUCCACAAUUGUUAAAGGCCUGGAUAAUCCAGAAGUGGAUGAUUCUGAAAAUUCAAAACAUAAGCAAGAGGCACCACUCGUGAACCUAGGAGCUGAUGAAGGUUAUAAAGCUGUUGAUGAGGAGAACAAGGGAGUCGAGAACGAGAAAAAAGCUGAAGUGAAAGUUGCAAGCAAGGAUGAGAAAGCAAUGCGCUUGUUUAAAAAUGGUCUAAUAGAGUUUGUGAAGGACAUCUUGAAGCCCACAUGGAAAGAAGGCCGACUGAGUAGAGAAGUUCACAAGACCAUUGUGAAAAAAGUGAUCGAUAAAGUGACCAGCACAGUUCAACCCGAUCACAUCCCCAAGACACAGGAUAAAGUCGAUCAGUACCUGUCGUUUUCAAAACCCAAAAUCGUCAAACUUGUUCAGGCAUAUGUGGAGCGUUCUCAAAAGACAGAUCCUUGAUUCACAAUUGCUUGAAGUGUGUAAUCUUGCAAUUAUGUUUCACAUUUCUACUAGUUGACUUCUUUCCCCGGUUUUCGAGUAAGAUAGUGUUUAGGGCUUUAGCCCCUUAACAGCAAGUGUGAUUGGAGUUUGACAGCAGAUUCUCAUCUUUCACUUGU